AUGACAGAAAAAUCGCUGUCGAUACCCUUUCUCCUGGACCCUGCACUUCCCAAUUACACCUCCGCAGAUACCGUUUCACUUCCUAUAUCACCUUCACAUAUAUCAUCAUGGAUCAUUCCAUCAACAACCGAAGCUGGACCAUCGCGUCGUACAGCUUUGGCUUGUCCAGAUAAUACCUUAUGGAUAUAUGAUUCUCCUUGCUAUUCUAGCUCCAUAGCAAGUCCUGGAGCUUUGAAAUCAUCAAAGGAAGAAGACAAGAAAGCUUCUGAGUUGCCAUCAAUAACUACACAGAUUGCUAGUUCCCCUAAUUCACCUUUACUUUCACCACGUAGGAGCCGUCCUACUCAGACUCGUAAUUUAUCAUAUUCAGGUAGACCGAGGAACAGUUCAUCUGCCUCGUCAAUCUUAUCCAAUACGACCGCAACUGGGAAAAGAAGAACAUCAGCCUUUUCACCACCACCUUCAGCGAUACAAAUACCAACUACAACAUUAUCAUCGGCGACUGCCUCAGCUGCACCACCCGAUAAUCAUUCUCAUCAUAAUAGUGAUUCAGUUGAUUUGAGGGAAUCAUUGGGUAAACAUAAGGAAAGAAAAGAUGAUUCCUCUGGAAUCGGAUUGGGUUUGGGUAUAGGUGGAAUCGGUAGAAGAGGUUUAAUAGGUGUUCAUGGAAAAGAAGAAAAUCUUGGUAUUGGAAGUAUCGAACAUUCGGGUGCCAAUUCACCUAAAUCUUUUACAUCAGCUUCAACCUCUACCGAAGGUACGACUACGACCACGGCAGCUAGUAGAUUUGGGUUCUUUGGCAGAAGUAGUAUUUCUAAUGAAGAUGAAAUACAAAAGGAAAAGGAAUUGAAAGAACAUAUACAAGAAGUUCAAGUCGAUCUUGAAAUGGAGAAAGAAAAAAGAGAGGAUCAAAAAGAGAUUGAAGAUCAGAAAUUAAUCGACAAUGCAAUCAUCAGAUCUCCUACCCCAGUCAUGAGAAAUGAGCCUUCUACACAGAACCAGAAGAAGGGUAAAAAAGAAGGAAAUGUAGUCAAAAGGAUCAUUCUCAAAGACGCUGGUAGAGGAAAGAUCGUAGAGAUGAAAGUUUUCAGAGAGAUAGACUGUCUUGUCAUCUUAAGAAAUGAAGGCCUACUUGAUGUUUUCUCUAUCACUACAUUGGUUCAGACCGCUGGCAUUAAUCUCGAAUCCCCAGAAGACAGUAAGACCCCGGCUGCUGCGUCGACAAGUAAAGCAGGAUUGAAGAUUCCAUUGUUUUGGUCUUGGAAAGGCAUAUCGCUUGCGAGAAAAGAAGAUGGAUUCAUAUUCGUUUGUCAUGGUCUGCCUUGGCCAUGUGCUCUGCCAAGUCCAAAUGGUGAAGUAACAAGAGUAGUCAUGAUCUCCCCUCUACCAUCAGGAUAUGGAAUGGCUAUCGUCGCUCGUCUUGAGUUACCUGGAGAAGGCGAUGUGGGUAUCAGUAACAGCAAGGAUACAAGCUAUCUCCUUCAUUCAACUUCAACUUCUUUCACUUCAUACCCAGUAAUCUUCCCUGCUAUUUCGGUAUCUUCUAAUGCUACUCCGCAGAUGAAAUCAUCACCACAAAUUAGAGCUAUAUCAUCCACAUUCCCAGCUCCUUAUUUACGAUCCACCACUCCUGACCCUUCCCAACAAAAGGACAAAGAGCCGCCUCAACCUCGUUCCACAAUUCGUAAAUCAGCUUCUUUUACCCAUCUGAAGGAUUCGGCUUCUGCACCUCUUCUGGAGCAUCCACAAGAAGACAGGAAUAAGGAAAAGGGAUUUGCAAAAUUCCUAGCGAGAAGAGAUUGGGUCAGAAAAGGCAAAGAAGAGGAUAAAUCCGAAGAUCCGUCACCUGGUAUAGGGGAAGGGAAAGAGAUUGACAGAGACGGAGGUGGUGGAUGGCAAAGAAUCGUCAUCGAAGAGAACGGUGAAGGUGUAGGCUGGAAAGGUGAUGCUGUAGAUGUGUUUAUGACAGACGGAAAGACACUUCGAUUGCGCGGAACAAUAACCCUUGCAUCCAAUGAAGAGGUCAAAGAAGUAUACGUCAAUCAAGGCUGGACAGAAUUAGCUGUUCAAACGGAACUGAACGCCUAUGUAUACCGUCUGGCCGAAGAGAUUCGUGACACUAAAGGGACAUUUCCUAGCUUUAAAUUCGAAAUCCAAGCUAUCAUGAACGGCGUAGUAAUCUCAUCAUUGGACUCGAACAGACAUUUGUUGACUGUCAAGAGUGACAAAAUAGAGACAUUUGAUUUCACUCAAUCGAAACAUGAGACACAGUUGCUUGUCAAAAUUACCCAAGCCAAUAAUUCGACUCAUAACGCGAUCACAUGCGUAGCUCCUGCUAGCGUGGAAAGCAUCUUCAUCUCAGACGCUCAAGGUAAUAUCUCAAUUCGAAAUUUGGCAAACAUUUUAUCGACAGAAGGACAAGAGUCAUAUCUCACAGACGAGACGAUAUCUGAUAGAUUAGAUUCCCCUGUCACGUACCUUACCACCAUUUCAGGGCUCAACGGACAAUCCGAUGAAUACCUAAUAGCGGGCGAUGAGGAUGGUGCUAUUCGCAUAUGGCAAACUAAUCCAUUCAGGUUAUGUGGAUCAUGGACACUCUUUGCUAAUCCCGUGAGAGAUGCUGUGUUGCUCAAUAUGCCUCAAGCCGGAUCUUUGCGAGGCUGCUUGCUUGUUACGUCGAAAGAUGGAACUGUGGGGAUUAUCUCGCUGAAGGAAAUGGACGACCUUUUCCUCAUUCCUGCUUCUCGAAACCCCCUUCGAGGAAUAUACAUCGAGGAAAAAGAUAUCCUACUAGCUUACGCAAAUGGUAAAGCGAGGGUAUGGAAUACCCAGACUCAGGAGUUUAGACGGUCUACUGGAUUGGAUGCUGCCGAAGAUAUGCUGCAAGUUGGUGAUUGGACAGAAGUUUUGCUCCAUAAGUCAGUACAAGCUUCUGUACUUUCAGCGAAUCCGUUCUACCUUCCGGAAUCAAGCGAUCUGGGUCGACUCCUCCACUUUGAUCUUCGGAAUCUCGGUCGCUGGCUUCAUUCUGCCAAAAACAAUCCCAAUCACAGUCCUCUAGCUGCUCUGCGCAGUUUACUAUCUAUUUUUCUGGCUUUUAAUAUCUGUGACAGAGUGGAUGAUAUCUGUAUGUCCAAGUUGGCCAUCAAGAAGCCUGAUAUAACGACAAUUAUCGGCCAAACAGGAAUGGAGAGUAGCGAAUUGUCGUAUGCUGAGAAGACGGAUGUCUGGCGAGUUUCUCCAGUGAUGACCGGCAUGAGACAACUGGUCAUCGUCACCCUCUUAAGACCUUUCUUAGAUUCGCCGGAUCACGAAAGAUGGGCAGCUGAAGUUAUAGCUUAUUAUACUGCUUCUUUGCCUUCCACGAGUAUUGAACCGGACCUGGACUUCUUCGCAGAGCAUUAUAUGGAUUCGUCGACCGACGUCCAUCAAGCUGCCAGAAUGCUCUUCGCAGCUCGGGUAGGAAGGAUGUCAAUUUCUGAGAUCGAGUCUACCGUGGGUGCUGGAGUAUCCAAUUUGCCGAGCAAGCUGUCAAUUGCUAAUAGGGACUCGGACGUAGCUGCAAACGCAUUAACCUUGCUGGGUGGUAUAGCCUUGCAGAAAUUCGAGAUCAUGCAGCCGAGUGCUCUUAAAUCAAUUGCUGAAUCGGUGUCGAUUUUCUUGCAGUCAACAUUAUUCCCCCACUUGGCUCUGGCAAUCGAGAUUUGCUCAAAAGGGUUUAUGACGUGGCAAUCAUACGUUGAUCCAUCAGAAUUGUUACGACGAUUAUUCCACCUAGCGACACAUAAAGAUUAUUCUUCAUCAACUGGUAUCGGUGCUGGUGGUGGAACGAGUUUAGCAGCACAAUCAAGAUUGGCAGUAUUGAACGUAGCGUCUUCAAAUCCAGCUUUAUUCAUGUCUACUUUAUCGAUGGAUAUAUUAGAUUCAAAAAAUUCAUCGGAAAGGAGAAAUUGCAUUAUGAAAUUAUGUGUUUUCAUAUCUCGUAAAAAGCCUAAUCUAUUGGAGAAUGGUUUACCUAGAAUAGCGGAAGCUGUAGUCAAAAGUCUAGAUCCGAAUAUAGGGAAAAUGAGAGAUGAUGUUUGGCAAGCUGCUACUGUCAUCUUGAACGAAUUGGUCUUAGCCUUCUCAACUAUAGAUUUUCACAGUGGUACGCAAAGACUAGCAGUUGGGACUCACGAAGGAGCAGUCAUCAUGUACGAUCUCAAAACAGCAUCGAGAUUAUACGUCAUUGAACCUCAUAAGCACCCAGUCUCAGCAGUGACUUUCUCUCCUGAUGGGAGAAGGUUGAUCACUGUCAGUUUGGAAGAAGGUUCAGUCACAGUAUGGAAAGUCGGUAGUUCCCUGAGUGGAUUCUUCAAUGUCGGCGCUCCACCAAGACAAGGUGGCGAGAAAGGUGAUCCUUUCAAGCGUAUCGAAUUUAUCAGAGUGGAUGAUGGUCCGCUGAAUUCCACUUCGGCUUUAAGUGAUAUUCAAAUCUCUUGGCCUGGUUCGAGACAAGCUAGAAUCAAUAUAAGAGAAACUGCUUUGACGUUUGAGACGUAA